GUUCCGUAAAGUGCCAGAGGGGUACGAAUGGAGUAAUGGCGGACGUUUAGUUUAGUUCAUUCAACACCGAUUUAUCAUUUAGAAGAAUCCAACAAAAACAACCCAAAACGCACGUUAUUAGUGGCGAUAUAGGAAAAACGCAACCGAAAAAUAAUGAUACCAUAACCAUAUGGUGUUCUAACGUGAAAACUGGUUUUCGAUAUGAGCGAGGAUAGCGAUAAAGGCCCGGAAAAGGGCUCCAGGAAACGUCUCCCUGAGGCUAUAUGCAGUAGUGAAAGUUCAGAUAGUGAUAGCUCCUUCGAAUCCGUUCCUAAACCCAAGAAGAUUAGGGUUAGAAACUAUAUUAGUGAUAGUGUUUCCGAUAGUGAUAGUUCCAUUGAAAUCGUGCAUAAACGACGCGUUACGCGUUUAAACAGCGAUUUACAAAGUAAUACUUCAACAUCAUCUGGUUCUGAUAUCAUUCAUUUGCGUCGUAACGCUCGCCCCCUUUCAAAUAUGGAGGAUUCUUCGGAUUGUUCAGAAUCUGAAUGGGAACUUGAGGAACCAAGCAAUAAUAACCCUCAAAUUGAAGCUUCUUCUGAAACGUCCGGGGGUGAAGAACGCGAACAUUGCCCCAUUUGCUUAGUAAAAUUUCGAAAUCAAGAUAUUGGAACCCCUGAGUCUUGUGAUCAUUCGUUUUGUCUUGAUUGCAUAUUGGAGUGGGCGAAAAAAGUUCAAACAUGCCCCGUGGACAGGCAACCUUUUGGAAUUGUGUUACACAGGGAAUCAAUUAAUGGAAAAGUUGUUAAUCAAGUUGCUGUUAUGAAAGAAGAAGAAAUCCCUGAUGAUGAUGUAGUACUUGAUUUAACUUUUUGUCAAAUUUGUGGAUCUCCUGAUAAUGAAGAUACGAUGUUAUUGUGUGAUGCUUGCGAUAUGGGGUACCACAUGUUGUGUUUGGACCCUCCGUUAGAUGAAAUCCCUGAAGGAGUUUGGAUGUGCCCGUAUUGUACACCUGUUCAUCACGUUAUUGGAUUAGAAUUGGAUCAAAGGAAUGUAAUGAAUAGGUCUUUACCGAGAACACGUCACAUGGAACGAGUGCGUUCAACGAUUCAAACCAAUCGUGCUCAAACGACCACUCGAAAUACCACCUCGACGUCCACGACUCGAAGACGCCGGAAAAAACGAACCAAAAGACGUACCAAAAUUAAAAUCGUCUAUGAAACUAACGAAAUCACGGGCGAAACCGUCGCUAUUGAGACGAAAGUUAAGCAACGACGGAAACGAAGGAAACGGAAAGUUCCUCGGAGAAGAAAUCGAGCGGUUGUACCAAAAACGGUCAAAAAACGACUUGCGGCACAACUUGGAAUUUGUAAAUUACGAACGGAUGGGCAACUUUUACCGGAUGUUCGUAUUUCGAAUAAUUGUAACGAUUUAACAGCUUUUCAACGAAACGAAGCGGGGAUUCCUCGAUUACACAUUUUUGGUCGAACCGAUGGUGAUUUAAAUUCGGCCCCUAGUUCCGAUUCGGAAAUUGAAACCGGCUUGGAUAUUUUAGUGCGCCGUCGGAGACCAAAUUUAUCGGAUGCGUCAGUUUUUAGACGCGCAGCUCGUAGAAAAGCGGCUAUUUUGCCAUCGCAACCAACCACUUCAAAUCUAUUAGAUAACAUUUUAGAUAUGCAAACGAAAUUUCAUGCGAGAGACUCCGUUUUAUCCCUUAAUAGAGAUGGAAGUAUAAAAAUUGAUAAAAAAGAUAUUGAAAACAAUAAUAACAAAAAUAAACAUGUCGAUGCAAAUAACUCGAGAGGGAUUAAUGUAAAUAGUUAUCGAGAUGAGUAUUUAAGGCAAAGGCCGAAUUAUGGGAAUAGUUCUGGGAAUUCUUCGUCCCCCAGUUCUUUAACAAGUAAUUCAGAUGAAAAUGUACGAAGAGUUAGUACCGAAACAAUUAAUAAUGUUGUUACAACUUCAACAAUUUCUGAUUCUAACGUUUCUGAUUUGAAUAAUUCUCCAGAAACGACAGAAAAUUUCGCGUCGACAUCCCAAAGUUGUUUUGAUGAUACAAAAAAAGAUAAAAAAUCUUCAAAUAAAUCAAACAAUUCCCAAAAUAGCGAUUCCGAUUUAGACAUUUACAGCGAUAUCGAAACCGUUUCGACAAGCCGACUCGAAGAUUUUGAUAAGAAUCAAACGCCACAAAACAAUUCCGAACCGACAACUCAAACCGACGAAGACGCAAACUCCGAUUUAGACUUAAUAAUCGACACGGAAAAACAAGAUGAAAUUAAAGAUCAAGUUUCAAGUUCAACAGUGGAUGUUACAGAAGCUGAACCCAGCGUCGAAAACGUUCAAAUGCCUCAUUCAACAACAGAAAUCCAAAAUGAAACUGUUUCUACAAUGCACAAUAAAGAGGAGAAGUACGAUGAUGACGAUAGUGAUGAAGAAGGGUGUCCAAAUUUUAGUAUUUAUUCGUCUGAGAGUAUUAAUUUAGCAAAAAAAACCGAUUUGGAGUUGUUGGGAGAAAAUUUGAUUGAUAACAAUAAAAAGGAUGAAAAGAAAGAGGAGAAUUCGGAGCAGAAAAUUGAUCACAAUUUGAUUACCCAAGAAAUUUAUCACCCCCCAAGUUAUUCAAAAGAUGCUUCAUCGUCAAAAAAGGAUAAUUUGGGGUUAUAUAGCGAUUCAGAGGAUGAAGAAUUAGUUAAAAUGCAGCCAUUUUCGACAAAUAACACAAUAACUAACCCACUAAUUAAUAAUUCGCAACCAAAUCCUGUUAUUGAGGUUAUAGAAACCAACCAAAAUGUUCAACAAGAAACACCUUCGUUUCAAUUAAACGAUAUUAUAAACAUGACUGAGGAUAUUAGUGAAGAAGAGAGAUCUUAUACACCGUGUUUAGAUGAGCGUAAACAAGAAGGAUUAGAUGGUUUGGAAACGGAAAUGAUUUCUGAUGAGGAAGAUCGAAAUGAUUUUGAUGAAUCCCAUGAAGUUAAGACGACAUCUGACGGCGGAGAUGCGUUGGAAAUAAAUGCAAAAGAAUCAGAAUUAGAUUUUAGUAAACCUGAAGAUUUCGAAGAAGGCGAAAUAAUUGAUAAAUUAAAAAAAGCGGAAGAAUUAAAAAAGAAAAAAGAGUUAUCCGAGAAUUUACAAGGAGAAAAUAACCAAAAUAAUAAUGAAAAUAAAGAACCUGAAUCAUCGAAUUGCAAUAAUCAGGUAACUGGUGGGGCGAAUUUCAAAAAACUUUCGCGUAACAACAAAGAUAGAAAUUAUCGCGAAAAAGACAAAGAAGAAAUUCGAAGUAAAUCGCGCGAAAAAGAAGACAAAGAAAAUAAAAAAUCAAAGAAAAAAGAAAAACGCAAAGAAAUAGUGCGCUAUAACGUCCGAUCAAUAAUCGCAAAACCACGCAGAGAUAAAUUCGGGAGAGAUAAAAGCCGAAGAAAAUCGGCGUCAAGAUCGAGUCGAUCCAGAUCUAGAUCACGAUCACGUUCCAGAUCAAUUUCGCGCGAACGAAAACAAAGAAGACGAGUACGAUCGCGAAGUCGCAGUGAAAGAAGGAGAAGUCGUUCGAGAUCUCGCCAAAGAAAACGCAGAUCAAAAAGUAGAAGUAGUAAAAAACGAAUUACCCGAAAAUCUUCUGUUGAGCGUAAAAAACAUGUUCGAACACCGUCUCCAUCGCCAACUAGAAGACGACGUGAAAACGAACGAAGAAAUCGUGGUUGGACGCGGUCGAGAUCACCAUCUUUUAGCCCUGAAAUGCAACAAAGAUUGACGCCGUCCUGGACGCCUCCGAGAAUUGUUGAACAACAACCGAAUCAACCGCAAAGAGUUCAACCGCAAAAUUUAACGGUAAUUUUAAACAAUGAUUUGAAUAAUAAAAAGAAAAAGGAUAAGAAAAAGAAAGACAAAAGGAAAGAGGUCGAGAAAAGUCGUAAAAGGAAGCGGGAUAAAACCCCACCUCCGAGUAAAGAAGUUUUUGCAUCUGGAAAUAAUAUUUUGGUUAGUGUUAGUUUUAAUAAAGAUACGGGGGAAAGGGAUGUUACGAAAAAAAGGAGGGAGACAACCUCGGAACAAACCACAAAGAAAGUUCGUAAAGAAAAACGUAAAGUUUCUGAUGAACGUAAAAGGAAGAAAAAAGAAAUGGCAGCUGUAAAACCUGUGGCAAUCAUCGAUUUAGAUCGUUCACCAUUCCGUGAAUUAACCCCACCUCAUCAAGACGUAAUCGUGUUAACCGAUAGCGAAAAUAAUGAAAGUAACGAUAUUUUAUUAGAAAAAGACGUGGUUUGUGAUUCAUCACAACAAGCUGUAACACCGGAAACAAUGAGACAACAAAAUUAUUCUCAAGGUCCAAAAACCCCUCCAGAACCUCAAAUAAAAUUCACAUUAAACCCUAAACAAAAUCAAAUGAGAGCGAUUUCUAAUCCGCUUCAUGAACCGGAUGAAUUAGAAAACGAUGAGAAUCAAGAAGAGGAAGAGGAGGAAGAAUUAGAGGAGAGAUCAAAUGAUAACUCUCAACAACAUAAAGGACCAAACACACCUCCAGAACCUCCUAAUUCACCACCGAGUAGUCCCGAUGCUUACGAUCCUUUUGAUCCUACAAAAUCACGUACUCCAACUCCCGUUGAUUUAGAAGUUAUGAAUAGUGGAAAAGAAGAAAACACAGAAAGUUGUUCUGAUAAUAACAAAGAUGAUGAUAAAUCACACACUCCACCUGUUGUAGCUGAUAUCCAACCAGCCGAUUCACAAAGCAGCACUAAAGCGAAUAGCCCAGAAAAAAAUUCGCCAAAAACCGAUCAACAAUUAAACAUUGGGGUUAUAAUUAAUCAAGUGAUUCAACCCCAAACACCAACGAUGCCACAAUUUUCAAGUAACAACUUAAUCACGUCCACUCCAAUGAGUAAUUUAAUAUCACAAUCAACGUCUUCAUCAAGAAUUAACAUUCUAAAUAGUACUUUAAUAGCGCCACCUAUAGCUUCAACAUUACCAAGAAUCAUUUUACCGACGGCAACAAAAUCAUCACCCGUAAAAGUUUCACCGAAUAAAUUACCAAUAAAAUCGACACCGAUUAAACCGAUGGUUAAUAAAUCUCAAAGUCGUAAAUCGCAGUCUUUAUCGCAAUCUCAAGAUGCCGAUGUUACGUUGGAUUUUGAUUCCCCAUAUUCACCAGGAUCAAGUGAUUAUGAAGAUUUAUUUGAACCUCCCACUGAUAAGGCAAAUAAAUCGCAACAACAACAAGAAAAAGAAAAAGUGAAUGUUAGUAAUAAAAAUCAACAACAACAAAAAUCGCCUACUAAACAACAAAAUACUUUCGAUGUUUUAUUCGGGUCGUCUCCAAUUAAUACUUUUCAAAAAGGUGGGACGAAAAGUGGAGUUAAAAAGGGGGCUUCUAAAUAUAAGAAAGGUGGUAAAACUAAACAAGUUGGGGUAAAAAUCGAUGAGGAUUCGUUUAAGAUUUUGGACGAUGUACCUAAUUCUGCUGUUGAGAUGCAGGUUAAAGAUAAGUUUGUGGAUGAAUGGGUGUUAUCUGUGGGGCCCACGAGUGUCUGUAAUAAGGAGAAACUCCAAUAUUUAAAGAAGUUGAAUCGACAAGAAAGGGUUGUUGAGGAGGUUAAAUUGGUUUUAAAACCUCAUUAUAACAAGAAACACAUUAAUAAAGAAGAGUACAAAGAUAUUUUGAGGAGAGCUGUACCCAAGAUCUGUCAUAAUAAAUCUGGUGAAAUAAAUCCACAAAAAAUUCAAAAUUUGAUCGAGGCUUACGUUAAAAAAGUGCGUCAUAACAAAAAGGUGACUUCAUCGAGUAGUUCUGUGAAUCCCCAAAAAGUAUAAAGAAUAUCGGCGACAAAAAGUAAUUUCAUUUUAAUUGGAAUGAGAAGUUUUUUGUACAUAUAUUUUUUGUAUCUUCAAGAAUGUGGUGUUAAAAU